ACUUAGAACACAAUCAUAAUGGAUCUAAUUCAAACCCAAAGAUUAAAGAAAUGGAUUUAUGUGGGUGGGUGAAGAUUGGGGGAAGAUUUAUUUGUAAAGAGAACGAACACAAGAGUCAUGGUGAAGCUUUUUAACCAUGGUGGAAGUUGGAAUUAGUCAAGGUUUUCAAGGUUUUUCCUUCCCUUUCUCUGUUAGGUGGCUCCCAUUCUAUAGAAACAGAAACAAAGAACACAAAACCAAGCAUGUUCUUCUAGAAAAAAUGGUUGAGAGAGUAGAAAAUUAGGUUAACCAAUGCGAGUUGUUGAACAUGGACAGAGACACAUGAAGCAACCAAGAAUGAACACAAAUUCAUGAAGCUUUUUCAUUAUAAAUACUCCUUUUCUUCUCUCUUCUCUCUCCCUCAACCAAACUGAAACAAUUACCUGAAUCAAUUCAAGCUUUUUGAGGAGUUCGCCAUGGAAAUGAAGCUCCAAAGCUGCUUCUCUGUUUUGAUCGUCUUGUCUUUGUGUCUCUCUGUUUCAGCUCAGAGUUGCAGAAGCUACAAUGGGUUUGCCAAUAAUCAAGUGUUUGCAGCGUGUGUGGAUCAUCCUGUGCUCAACUCUGUCCUUCAUUGGACUUAUAUUGAAUCAAACAAUACCUUGAGAAUUGCCUUCAGACGCCCUUCCACCACUGCCAAUCAAUGGAUUGCUUGGGGUAUUAACCCUCAGGGCUUGGCCAUGUUUGGGACUCAAGCGCUUGUUGCUCAUCAGAACUCCACUGGUGGCACUCAUGCUUACACUUCCAGUUUGAAUCCCCCUGGUCCAACCCUGCAACAGAGCGAUUUGAGAUAUGGGGUUUCUGAACUUUCAGCCACUCAUGUCAACGACGAGAUGACUCUUUUUGCAACUAUUACGCUUCCUGCCGGUAUGACCACCAUCAAUCAGGUAUGGCAGGAAGGCCCUAUGGCGGGUGGUGCUCCAAGCGCCCAUGCGCUCACCAACGACAACAGAGCCUCAAGAAAUACCCUCGAUUUGCUUACUGGGUCUAGCACGGCGGCGGUGGAUUCGGUUCUCAAGAGGAGAAACACUCAUGGAGUUUUGAACGCCGUUAGUUGGGGUACUUUGAUGCCGAUGGGUGCCAUUUUCGCUAGGUAUUUGAAGGUUUUCAAAGGUGCAGAUCCGGCCUGGUUUUACCUCCACGUCGCUUGCCAAUCCUCCGCCUACGCCGUCGGUGUCGCCGGUUGGGCUACCGNUUCAUUCCAAUUCCAAUUUUCUUAA